AUGGCUGGGGAAAAGGGUAAAACAAAGCGAUGGGGUUGGGCCGUCGGAGCGCUGAUCGCUGUCUUUGUUGCCGUGGCCAUGACAUCGAGAACUGCUCCUAAAAUCUCAUUCUUCGGACGCUCUAAUAAGCCUUGUAACUGUACUCAGGAAACACAUAAGUAUAGUGGGAUAGUGGAGGAUUGUUGUUGUGACUAUGAGACCGUGGACCAUAUUAACAAGGAAGUUUUGCAUCCAUCACUCCAAGAGCUCGUUAAAACUCCGUUCUUUCGAUAUUUCAAGGUUAAGUUAUGGUGCGACUGCCCUUUCUGGCCUGAUGAUGGUAUGUGCCGUCUGCGAGAUUGUAGUGUAUGUGAAUGCCCAGAUAGUGAGUUCCCAGAAUCGUUCAAGAAGCCCCAUCAUGGCCUUCCAUUGGAUGAUCUUGUUUGUCAGGAGGGAAAGCCUGAAGCAGCUGUUGACCGUACACUAGAUAAAAAGGCAUUCAGAGGCUGGACAGAAAUAGACAAUCCCUGGACGAAUGACGAUGAGACAGACAAUGCUGAGAUGACAUAUGUGAAUCUUCAACUGAAUCCUGAACGGUAUACUGGCUACACUGGUCCAUCUGCUAGAAGGAUAUGGGAUGCUGUCUAUGCAGAGAACUGUCCCAAAUAUCCAUCUGAAGAGUUAUGCGCUGAAGAAAGAAUUCUGUACAAGUUGAUAUCUGGUCUUCAUUCCUCUAUUUCAGUCCACAUAGCUUCUGAUUAUCUCCUUGACGAAACUACACAAAUGUGGGGUUCAAAUCUCCCAUUAAUGUAUGAUCGGGUCCUAAGAUACCCGGAUCGUGUCAGAAACUUGUACUUCACAUUUCUCUUCGUUCUCCGAGCUGUGACAAAGGCUGCAGAUUACUUGGAACAUGCUGAAUAUGACACUGGUAAUCUUAAUGAGGAUCUGAAGACGCAAUCCUUGGUCCGACAGCUACUCUAUAAUCCCAAUCUACAAGCUGCAUGCCCAGUCCCAUUUGACGAAGCUAAGUUGUGGAAAGGACAACGUGGACCUGAACUGAAGCAGAAAAUACAAAAUCACGCACUGAUGGAUUGUGUCGGAUGUGAGAAAUGUCGACUUUGGGGGAAGCUUCAGGUCCUUGGUCUUGGCACAGCACUUAAGAUCCUCUUCUCUGUUGAUGGCCAACAAAACACUGAUCAGACUCUGCACUUGCAACGGAAUGAAGUGAUUGCCUUGAUGAACCUACUCAAUCGACUCUCAGAAUCUCUCAAGUUUGUUAAUGAAAUGGGACCCUCAACUGAAAGGCUAGUAGAAGGGCAGAUUUCUCCACCCACCGCCCCUAGUUGCCCCAUGCAAAGGAUGUGGGCAUCUUUAAAAUCUAGGUAA